AUGGCGGGAUGGUGGCAGUCAGGGGUCCAGGCAGCUGCCGCAAUCCCCAUGGUUCUGCCCAACCUGAAGCACAGUGGCUUCAGCCAUCCCCUACAGCAGGGGAUCUGCCGGCCGACCCAACGCUUCUGCAGCCCCAACUCAGCUCCAGCUCCCAAGUUGUCGAAGAAGCCCAAGAUGCAGGCCACAGGAGACACGUUCCCCAUCGACUGGAGCCCACCACAGGUCACGUUCCUGACCCCGAGGGCCACGGGGGACGUGGUCCCCAUCGACUGGAGCCCACCACAGGUCACGUUCCUGACCCCGAGGGCCACAGGAGACACGUUCCCCACCGACUGGAGCCCACCACAUGUCACAUUCCUGACCCCAAGGACCAUAGGGGACAUGGUCCCCACCCACUGGAGCCCACAGCAUGUUACAUUUCUGACCCCGAGGGCCACGGGGGACGUGGUCCCCACCCACUGGAGGCCACCGCAUGUCACGUUCCUGACUCCUUGGGCACCGAAAGCCGGCAGGGGGGCCCUAGCCCGCAGGUGGGUGGGUGCGGUGGAGCCUGAGGGCCCGAGGAGACUGGCCUGCUCAGUGCCCGUGGAGCCAGAGCAAGAGCCCCAGGACUCGGGCCCCAUGGAGGACCUGGCCUCACGGGAGGAGCAGCUCUGGAGGGCGGCAGGCCCCAGCCAGCAGGCUGUGGUGGGAAUCAGCACCGGGGGCUCAGGAAGCUAUGUCAACAGCUUAGGUUACUUGCUGCAGGAGAAGAGGGAACAGGCCCUGGAGCAGGAGCGGUGGGAGCUGCUCCUGCAACACCCUGCUGAUCAUGACUCCUUGCAUCUCCAUGAGGAGGCCGUGCCUCUCACACCCGAGCACAGGACGCUGGUGGAGAGGUUCACCAUGUCCCUGCAGGUCAUCCCCUCAGUCCACCCAGGAGAGGCCGUCUUUCUACCCAGGCAUCACCCCUUGCCUUGCGACCUGGACUGUUCGCACCUGGAGCCCCGUAACCACCUGGAAAGGCAGUUCCUCAGCUCCCCGCUGGCCCAGCAGCUCUCCUUCCUGCGCAGUGGCCUCCUGAGCAACCUCUACCUGCACCGGCCCGGCUGCCCUGUGCCCCUGCUCCGGUGGCUGUUCCAGCUGCUGACAUGGCCUCCAGAAAUUUCUUCGGGCGCCUUUGUUCUCCUGUGGGACCUCAGCGUGGAUGGUCUCUGUCGUCAGUCUGAUGAGGAUGUGCGCAUGUGGUGCCCCUCAACGCAAGAGGUCAUGGAGGUGGUCUGCAGCCUGGGCACCCACAUCCCUGCUCUGUGCCCGCAGGGGCCCUCUCCGCAUGGCAGGAGAGUGCUUGCAAGUGAGGCCAGCCCAGGCUGGCGUGAGCAGCAGGACACCCGCCAGGAGACGGCUUUGGACAUCAGCCUGAGCUACAUCUAUAAAUUCCUGACACUGUGUGCCCAGGCGCAGCCUGAGGCCGCCACGGAUGGAGACCUCUUGGACCUGAUGGAGCUGCUGUGCAGAGCUGGCCUGGACGUGCGGUUGCGCCUGCUGCCCAACACCGACCUGCAGCAGCUGCUGCUCCUGCUCCUCCAGAGCAUCCAGGAGUGGCCGGGGAAGCUCCGGCAGCUGUGCCGUGCCCUGAGCUUGGUGUCGGAUCACCACCACAAUCUGCUGGCUGUCGUGCAGUUCUUCCCAGAUGUGACCUCCCGCAGCAGGCAGCUUCGACGCCAGCUCAGCCUCGUGGUCAUUGCCCGGAUGCUGGGCCAGCAGGAGGCAGCCCUGCUCUGGAAAGAGGAGGCCCAGCUGGUAGUGCUCAGCCGGCUCCUGCGCCUCAUGAGGCCGGCAGCCCUCGGGCAGCACCUGGACUCCGAGGCCUCGCUACCCCGCCAGGAGCAGCAGCCCACAGCCAGUGCUAAGCGAGACUACAAGGUCUGCUACCUGUGCCACAGCCUCCUGACACUCGCGGGGGUGGUGGUCAACUGCCAAGACAUCACUCCAGACCAGCGGGAAGAGCUGCGGCUGUUGUGUAUGCAGUUGGACCGUCACAUCAGCACCCAUAUCCGGGAGAGCCCCCAGGCCAUGCACCGGACCACGCUCAAGGACCUGGCUACGCAGACCCACAUCCGCUGGCAGGAGCUGCUGACCCACUGCCGGCCCCAGGCCCAGUGCUUCAGCCCCGGGGAAGACAUCUAAAGGAGCAGGGCAGGGGUGGCCCAGGGCUGCGCUCUGCCAGGGAGUGAACAGGACCCAUGGAACUGAAGGAAGCAAAGAAUGGGGGCCAGAGGAGGACCAUCUGAUGAAGCAAGAGCCUGCCUCCACCAUGCCCUGACUCCCAGUGGCAAAGGACCCUGCCCCUCGCUGCCUGCCCCACCCCGCUCCCGCUCUCCUUCCCUGCCCAGCAUGUCCUCCUUGUCCUCCCACCCCCUUCCUCUCUCAUGAAUGUGAGGUUGCUCUGUGCACACUAAAGCCGAGUUUCACAUCAGUGGUUCAGAUGGUUUCCUGCAGCCCCUGUCCUGAGGUCUCGGGCCAGCGUCCGGUUUGCUGAAUAUUCA